UUCUACGGGAUAGGGUCGCUAACCGGAUGCCCAACCCUCCUUCUUUAUCCGGGCUUUGGACCGGCAGUAGUCCCUAAGAGGGACUCCAGGCGGAGUUAAACCCUUACUGAUACAAAUUUUUUUCUUUUCAUUUUUAUACAGAGAAAAAUCUCGUCAAGUAAAUACAAUGUUAGCAAUAAAGUUUUUUAUUUAUAAUCCAGAAUGUUCUAUUCCAAUUACUUAUCGUUUACAAUGGUCAUUAUUUAAAAAUGUGGAUUGGAAUAAAUUAAUAAAAAAAUUACAUGAAAUAACACAUAAACAAUAUUCUGGUUUUACAUUAACAUGGAAUGAUGGAUUUCAUAAUUGUAUUAUAACAGAUGUAAAAGAUAUUCUAAGAGCUGUAGAAUAUAUGCAAACUAAACAAUUACAUCAUGAUGAUUGUUUACAUAUAAAAGUGAAUAGUUUACCAAAAUCACUUCCAAAUGAAAAUGUAUUUACUACUAGUAAUUCAUCUAAAGUAUUAAAUCAAGUUUAUCCACCUACAUAUACUGAAGCAAUUGGUUCACAAACGAAUUCAUUACCGAAAACAAAUCGAACAGAGAAUAAAAUUAUUAUUAUACGUUCUAAUCAACCGGCUAGAAAUUAAUAGAAUACAGUUAAUUCAUAUUCUUGUACUUUUAUAAAGUUAAGGAAGUCAGAUCCCCAGAACUCACUUGAAUAAAGAUCUAAUUUUGUAAUUUUAUUCUGACGAUUUGAAUUCUUUUAUUUUCGCGCCAAAAACACUUUUCACCUUCAUGUCGUAUUUCUCACUUGGGUAAAUCUUAAACGCUAUUGGUCCAUUGUGUCCUUGAGUAUGCUACUUUGUGACGCUUCUCAAGGACGGUUUUGUG